AUGAGCAAAGUCGUUUCAUCCUCUCAGCGUCGGUUUUUUCAUUCGCAUUCGCAUCAUCAGCAACAACCGCAACCCUCCUUGAAUCAUUUACAACAGAGUGCGGCAGUGGCCAUGAUCGGUCUUCAACAAUUACAACAAGUGGCUGUUGCUUCUCAGAUGAAUUCAACCGCCACAACUGCAGUACUUGCUAAUCGUCAAAAGGCUUCCCAUACAUCAUCUAAAAAUAAAGUACAGAUGGAAGAAAAACCAAAGACCAGCAAAACAAAAGAAACAGAGAAGAAAUAUAAUUCUCAGUUGGAUAAGGAUAUUCGGGAGGGAGAUUUGAUAUUUGUAAAAUUAGGCAAGUUUUUUUGUAUAAUGAUCAUUUUUAGUAAUAUAUCAUCCUAUUGUAUUCUCAUUAAAUUAUAA